CUCAGAAUCAGUUGGAUUCUUACGCGCGCUUACACAGUUGCUGUCCGUUAGCAGCUGGAAACUUUUGCCACUUUCUUGUAGAUAGUUGUGCGCUUGCGCUUCCCACCACACCGACUACAGAAACACACAUACACUCAAGUAGAGAGAACGGCUCGCGUUUGUGCGCCGCCUAAUUGCCGUGUGUCCAAGUGUCGUGAAUUUCAAUUAAUCAGCCGCGUCUGCGCGUCUUAUUUGUUGCAACGCGCCGUUGAUAAUACAAAUUGCACGUUACUUCGCCCACUUCACCAUUCACCAGCGUCUUCUGGCUUUGUGUGGAAAUGUGUCACUAGCAAAUUGCCCGGGCAUUUGUAGGUGUCCGCCGUGACCGCGUGAAAUAUAUUCAAUCGAUUAGUAUUAGAAAUGUGAAAAGUGUGCCGAAACUGAAGUGAAACACACAAACAAAAUAUUUAUAAACAAAGAAAAAACGUUAGAAAUCACCUUCACUGUGUGUGCGUGUUUGUUGUAAAAGAAAUUAUAUUUACUGUUUAAACGGAAUAAUCUGUUUUUAAACGUUGCUUCGUUUAUGCGUCUAACGUGCGCUGCAUGCGGAUAGCGGUAUUUGUUUGGAGACAGUAUAGAGACAGACCGCGAUUAAUUACUCAUACAAACGGUAGUCAUUUGUGAACAAAGCGAGCAGAAGAAACGCAGCAGUGCAAGAGUAGAGAAGGUGUGCACCAGCCAAAGGCAAAACAAAAGUCCAACGAGGACGGAGGUGCAGAUUCCGCCGUCGCAGACCAGUGAUAAAAGAAAGCUACUGCUGCAGGGAACGCAAGAAUGGGCGUUGUGAGCGGUGGUGCAGCGGUUUGGCUGCUGUUACUCGGCUACCUGAGUAGUCAUGCAGUGGCGCACAUACGCAUUGAGGCACCCGAAGUGCAUGCCUUUGAACCGGCGUCGCAGUCGCCAGCCAGUUUUGUGCGCUCGGCUGUGGAGAGCGUACCCAUCGAGGAUCAGACUAUGCUGGCGCUGAGCAGAUUCAGCAUGCGCCCCUCUUUCGGUGAUGUCUUCUUGCCAUUGCGCAGCGCCGUUGAGAGUGUGCCAUCGGUAAAUUUACGUAAACUCAGUGAACUGAGUGACUCCUUUGGCGUGCGUUCAUUUAUACGUGACUCAGUGGAGUCGGUGCCAGCAGAGGAGGACGAAGAUGAAACUGAAGAUUCGGAGUUGAUUUCGAAUGCUGAUUUGGUACGCAGCACAUUGGCCACUGAGGCUGACUUGCAGAAACUGCUGGAUCCAGCCGCCGAGGUUGUGGACACAGAUGUGGAAGUCUUUGCUGCACCCGAUCCUUGGACAGUUUCGGACAAAUAUGCCGCAUUUGUAGCGCCCUCUGUGGAUGACAAGUAUUUGCCACAGCCAUACCGUGCUGACUCGCCCUAUCAACAGUUAUUGAAACAAGUAGAAGUGGAACACUUCGAUCAACAGGACGAUGUGGAGCUGUUACGCGAACAAUUCGGCUAUGGCGCGCUGACACAUAGUCAAAACGGUGAUAUUGGUGAAUAUUAUGGUGCGCCCACGCAUUUGAAAUCGGCGCCUCCGGCACGCAAGAAUUACAACAACUCGCCAAAGGUGCUGUGUCACAUCACAAAUUGGGCUUUCUACCGCAAGGCGGACGGAAAAUUUGUGCCGGAAAAUCUCGAUGGCAGCUUGUGUACAGCGAUUAUUUAUUCGUUCGCCGCGCUGGAUCCCGAUCAUCUGACUAUCAAAGAGUUUGAUCCGUGGGUAGAUGUAGAGAACCAAUAUUACAAUCGUGCGGUGCAGUCGGGUGUACCUGUGCUGAUCGCUUUGGGUGGUUGGACCGAUUCUGCUGGUGAUAAAUAUUCGCGACUUGCGGGCGAUGAGAUAAAACGUAAAGUUUUCGCCUCAAAUUUGGUUGGUUUUCUGAAACGAAAUGGUUUCUCUGGACUGCAUUUGGAUUGGAAUUAUCCGAAGUGCUGGCAGAGCGACUGUUCGAAGGGACCUGCAAGCGAUAAACCCAAUUUGACUAAAUUGAUACGUGAAAUACGAAAUGAAUUCGAUCGUGUUGACAAGAAGCUACAACUUGGUGUGGCGCUAUCUGGUUACAAAGAAAUCAUCACCGAAGCCUACGAACUAGCUGAACUAUCGAAGCUGGUUGAUUUUAUGACCGUAAUGUCUUACGACUACCAUGGCGCUUGGGAAGGACGCACAGGUCAUGUUAGUCCACUCUAUGGACGCAAAGGCGAUCGAUAUCCACAAUAUAACACAGAUUACGCCAUGCAAUUGCUGAUUAAAUCUGGCGCCAAACGAGAAAAACUCAUAAUGGGUAUUCCAUUCUACGGACAAUCGUUCACACUCGAUCGUGCCAGCACCUCCUUAGUGGGUGAAGGCGUGGCAUCUUCGGCACCAGGUGAACCUGGUGAAUUCACCAAACAGCCAGGUAUGUUGGCCUACUAUGAGAUCUGUCAUCGCAUACGCAAGGAUAAAUGGUUGGAAGGACGAGAUGGCGAGCGCAAGUCAGGACCCUUCGCAAUGUUGCGCAAUCAAUGGGUCGGCUAUGAAGAUCCUGCCUCGGUGGAGGCAAAAGCACGCUAUGCCGCAAAUAACGAUUUCGGUGGCGUUGCCGCGUGGACCGUUGAUUUGGAUGAUUUCCAAAAUCGUUGCUGCAGCGAAGCAUUCCCACUGCUCAAAGCAAUCAAUCGCGCUUUGGGAUUGUUAAAUACUGAACCGCCAACUCGUGGAAAUUGUGAGCGACCAACGGCACCUGUUACACCCAUACCACCUGUCAUGACCACAGUGAGCAGUGAUGGCUCCGUGGGCAGCACUAGUUCUCAACAACAUGAUCACACAUCACCGACUGCACCAACAACAUGGUGGCCAACAAGCAGUUCCACAUCGACGACACCUUGGUGGACGCCAACGUCAACUUCCACUACUCGAAGACCCAGCACCACCAAGAGAACAACUACCACAACGACAACAACUACCAGACGUCCAACACCGCAGUCAACAACCACACGCCGUCCCAACCGUCCUGAACACACCACAAUUCCUUCUCCAGCCGUCGUGCGACCAGUUGUGCAAGCCUCAAACUGUCAGCCUGGUAAAUUCUACGCGGAUCGCUCAAACUGUAAUGCUUACUAUCAGUGCAUUGCUGUUGGUGAACUGAGCCAACAAUUCUGUCCUGGUGGUUUGCAUUGGAAUGAUCAGAGCAAAAAUUGUGACUGGCCCGAGUCUGCGCAAUGUUCGGUGAAAAACAAACCCGUUGCCACCUCUAAUUCGGCGACCACACGUCCCACAAAGUCACCGGGCACAACGGAUCGUCCACCUACACGUCGCACCACCACUACUGCUGCCGCCACUAACGUCAACAAGAAAACCACACGUCAUCCCACUACUGCUGCACCUACCAGUUCCUUGCCCACAACAUCGCGCAAACCAUCGAAGAAACCCACUUCCAAACCAUCCCGUAAGCCAUCACGCAAACCAACACGUAAACCGGGACAAAAACCACAACGCCCCGCUAAGCCACAACGUCCAAGCGCCAAAUGCAACGAGGGUGAGUACUAUACGCACAAGAAAUGCGAUCAGUACUACAUUUGUGUAAAUGGUGCUUUGGUGCCGAACUCUUGUGGUGGCGAUCUGCACUGGGAUGGUAUACGUCAGAUUUGCGACUGGCCCGAAAAUGUGCAAUGUGUUACAACUCGACAGUACUUACGUAGUGUGAAAUCACAAGCACUACGUGCCGGCAAUCUAUUGACGUUGCGUAAUUCUAACCCUGACGAUCCAUGUGACGGUGAGGAACGUGUAGCCUAUCCAGGCGACUGCUCGAAAUAUCUCUUCUGUUUGUGGAAUCGCUUGCAGGGUGGUGAUUGUGGACCAGGUCUUCACUUUAACGAGGCAUUGCGCACUUGUGACUGGCCUUUAUCAGCUAAGUGUACACAAGAUGAGAGCGGUUACGGCGUAAGCGAAGUUGGGAGUUCCGAAACAGGCGAAAAUGAACUUGGGCAAGGAAGUCCAGCUGUUGUUAAACCAAAACCAACUAAACGUCCUGCGCCCACCACAACAACAACUACAACGCGUGCACCGCGACCCACCUAUCCUACUGAUAAGCCAGAACUGGCACCGCUCGAUGGAUACUAUAAGGUGGUCUGCUACUUCACUAACUGGGCUUGGUAUCGCAAGGGCGCUGGACGUUAUACCCCAGAUGACAUCAAUACUGACUUGUGUACGCAUGUCAUUUAUGGCUUCGCUGUGUUGGAUUAUUCCAACUUAGUGCUACGUACACACGAUUCUUGGGCAGAUAUCGACAAUAACUUCUACACACGUGUCAGUGGUCUGCGUAGUAAGGGUGUGAAAGUGAGUCUUGCCUUGGGUGGCUGGAAUGAUUCACAAGGUGACAAAUACAGCAGACUAGUGCGAAAUCCCGCUGCCAGAGCACGUUUCGUCAAACAUGCAGUUGAGUUCCUGGAGAAGUAUGGUUUUGAGGGUCUCGAUCUGGAUUGGGAAUAUCCGGUAUGCUGGCAGACGGACUGCAGCAAGGGUGUAGCGGAUGAGAAGGAAGCAUUCACAGCAUUAGUACGAGAGCUCUCGGAGGAGUUCAAACCACGUGGUUUACUGCUCUCAACUGCUGUCUCACCCAGUAAGGAGAUUAUCGAUGCAGGUUACGACGUACCGCAGUUAUCUACAUACUUUGACUGGAUCGCUGUAAUGACCUAUGACUUCCACGGACAAUGGGAUAAGAAGACUGGACAUGUUGCGCCAUUGUUCUACCAUCCCGAAGACGAAAUUGACUACUUUAAUGCCAAUUUCUCAUUGAACUACUGGAUUGAGAAGGGUGCUCCGUCACGUAAGAUCGUUAUGGGUAUGCCGCUUUAUGGUCAAUCAUUUACGUUGGAGAAUGCAAAUGUGAAUGGUCUUAAUGCAAAGGCGCCUGGUCCCGGCAAAGCGGGCGAAUUUACGCGUGCUGCAGGUUUCUUGGCCUACUACGAGAUUUGCGAUCGUAUUAAGAACGAAGGCUGGGAAGUGAUACAAGACGAACAAGGACGUAUGGGUCCUUAUGCACGUAAAGGCACACAAUGGGUGUCGUUCGACGAUCCUGCCAUGAUACGCAAAAAGUCUCAAUUGGUGCGUGCUUUGAAUUUGGGCGGUGGUAUGGUAUGGGCUCUGGACUUGGACGAUUUCCGUAACCGUUGUGGUGAUGGCGUACACCCACUGCUCACACAAAUACACGAUGUAUUGAAGGAUCCACCAAAGUACUAUGAAGAAUUGCCUGGUCUUACUGCCAAUGAACCAAUUGCACCUACUAUGGAAACGGAGUCGGGCGAAGACGUAAAUAGCAUUGAAAGUUCCGUCAUACCCGAAGAUAUAGAGACCGGCUUAGCGGUGGAAAAUGUCGUUGAUCCCAAUGGUGAUGUGGAAGAAGUAGAGUCUGUGGAAGAAAUGGGCACUGGCUCUGGAACCAUAAUUGGCACAGGUACUGAAACGGGUGAGGGCACGAGCACCGGCACCGCCACCGAGAAUGAAGCUUCGCCGUCUGAUUUCAAAGUUGUAUGCUAUUUCACUAAUUGGGCCUGGUAUCGUCAGAAUGGUGGUAAAUUCUUGCCCGAAGACAUUGAUCCCGAUCUUUGCACACACAUUGUCUAUGGAUUCGCAGUACUCAAUCGCGAAACUUUGACCAUACAGCCACAUGACUCUUGGGCUGAUUUGGACAAUAAGUUCUAUGAACGUGUUGUGGGCUUCCGCAAGAAGGGUGUAAAGGUCACCGUUGCCAUUGGUGGUUGGAAUGACUCAGCUGGUGAUAAGUAUGCACGUUUAGUACGCAAUGCUGCGGCAAGAGCACGUUUCAUAAACCACGUUGUAGAAUUUAUACAGAAGUAUAACUUUGACGGUCUCGAUCUGGAUUGGGAAUACCCCGUGUGCUGGCAAGUUGAUUGUAAGAAGGGUACACCUGAUGAAAAGGAUGCAUUCACUGCAUUGGUGCGUGAACUCUCACAGGCCUUCAAACCAAAGGGACUGCUUUUAUCUUCUGCAGUAUCCCCAAAUAAGAAAGUAAUUGAUGCUGGUUAUGAUGUGUCUACGCUCUCACAUUACUUUGACUGGAUCGCCGUUAUGACUUAUGACUUCCACGGUCAAUGGGAUAAGAAGACUGGACACGUAGCACCCAUGUAUGACCAUCCCGCCGGUACAGAGACGUUUAAUGCCAAUUUCUCAAUAAACUAUUGGUUACAAAAUGGUGCUGACCGACAAAAGAUCAUAAUGGGUAUGCCAAUGUAUGGUCAAUCGUUCUCUUUGGCACAAGCAUCGGAUCAUGAUUUGAAUGCGCCUACUUACGGUGGCGGAGAAGCGGGUGAUGCGACACGCGCACGUGGCUUCCUUGCCUACUAUGAGAUCUGCUCUUAUGUACGUAAACGUGGUUGGAACGUAGUACGCGAUCCACGUGGACGUAUGGGACCAUAUGCGUUCCACCGCGAUCAGUGGGUCUCCUUCGAUGACAUUUCAAUGAUCAGACAUAAGAGUGAAUAUGUGCGUGCCAUGGGCUUAGGUGGCGCUAUGAUUUGGGCGCUCGACUUGGACGAUUUUAAAAAUGUGUGCGACUGUGAAUCUUAUCCACUGUUAAAGACUAUCAACCGUGUACUACGAAACUACCCAGGCGUAGCACCGAAGUGUGCACUAGAACAGAAGCAGCAUGCCAUGAUUGCUUCUGAUAGCGGACCAUCGCAAGCGUAUACCGCUAAGCCGAAACCGGGUACCCAAAACGCACAUCCUACAUACUCCAGUGACCAUAUUGAAACUUCUCAGCAAAUACAACACGCUCCGUUAGAAGACUUCGGGCAAGAGGUGGAGAAACCAUGUAAUGGUCGCAACUUCGUGGCACACGAACGUGACUGCAACAAGUAUUACAUUUGCCAAUUUGAGAAAUUGAUUGAGCAAAGCUGUCCGGCUGGUCUUCAUUGGAAUGAAAAUUACUGUGACUGGCCACAGAAUGUCAAAUGUCCCAUGCGACAAGAGGUAACCACAAAGCGUCCGAUUCCGCAACGCCCUAAACCCACAGCCAUUACUACCAAGCGCCCACAGCCUUCGAAGGCAACAAGUCGUCCCAAACCAACAGCAGCCGCCACAUCUCCACGUCCUACAAAACCAACUAAAAAGCCCUCACAGACACCCAGCAAGAAACCAACUGCACGUCCAAAACCACCCACAUUGCCACCAAUAACUGGUUCCGGUGAUUAUAAGGUCGUCUGCUACUUUACCAACUGGGCUUGGUACCGCCCGGGUGAGGGCAAAUAUGUGCCCGAAGAUAUUGAUGAAAACCUCUGCACGCAUAUAGUUUACGGUUUCGCUGUAUUAAACAGUAACUCGCUGACCAUACGCACACACGAUUCAUGGGCUGACAUCGACAAUAAAUUUUAUGAGCGCGUCGUAGCCUACAAGAGUAAGGGUAUACGGGUAACUGUCGCCAUUGGCGGUUGGAACGACUCACUGGGCAGCAAAUAUGCACGUUUGGUGUUGGAUCCAGAGGCACGUGCGCGUUUCAUUGAGAGCAUACUUGUUUUUGUCGAAAAGUAUGGCUUUGAGGGUCUCGAUUUGGACUGGGAAUACCCGGUAUGCUGGCAAGUUGACUGUAAAAAGGGUUCACCAGCCGAGAAGGCAGGUUUUGUUGCCCUUGUGCGUGAACUCUCCGAGGCUUUCAAGCCACGUGGUCUACUAUUGUCUGCUGCCGUUUCGCCCAGCAAAAUGGUAAUUGAUGCUGGAUAUGAUGUAGCGCCUUUGGCGCGUUAUUUCGAUUGGAUCGCUGUCAUGACAUAUGACUUCCACGGACAUUGGGAUAAGCAAACGGGUCAUGUGGCACCACUGUACUACGUUGAGGGCGAUUCGAAUGAGUAUUUCAACGGCAACUUCAGUAUUAACUACUGGUUGCAGAAUGGUACACCACGUGAGAAACUUAUCAUGGGCAUGCCAUUAUAUGGUCAAUCCUUUACGCUGACAGAUGUCAAACAACGCGACCUCAAUGCUAAGUCAACUGGUCCUGGACAGGCGGGUACGUUCACACGCGCCGCCGGUUUCCUAGCCUAUUAUGAGAUAUGUGAGAAGGUCAAUGGUGGUGGCUGGACAGUUGAACGUGAUGCUCAAGGACGUAUCGGUCCAUAUGCAUACAACGGUAAUCAAUGGGUUUCGUAUGACGAUGUUUCGGACAUACGACGUAAAGCGCAGUUUGUUAAGAGCUUGGGUCUCGGCGGUGGUAUGGUUUGGGCUUUGGAUUUGGAUGAUUUCCGUGGACGCUGCGGUUGCGGGAAACAUCCACUCUUACGCACACUCACGCAAGAGCUGCGUGGCAUACCGGGUCAAAGAGCGCAUGACUGCACGUAAGGUUGAAGGGAGCGAAGGGACGUGCCUACAGUUUUAGUAAUAUAGUACAUUCGUAUACAAUAUACUCAUACUCUCGUGCCAAUAUUCUAUAUUUAAAGCAAUAUUAAUGUAUUAUCGAUUUAUUAGAAAUCUGUUUUCAAGAU